UGACCUGUUUUGCAUGGUCUGAUUUUCGGGAAUUUCGCACGGCCGGAAAGGAGGGAAGUCCAGAAGGAUAAAUAAAGGAGGCUCUCCAUCCCCCGAAGGAAUCUAUUUUACAGAGGCAUGCCAGUGCCUGAGGUGGCGACUGACAUUGCCAGCGCUGCCGCCAUGUUGAGCCCCGUCCUCAACGCCUCCAACGGAGACGGAUCCGAGUCCGAAACCACCUCUGCCAUCCUCGCCUCUGUCAAGGAACAGGAGUUGCAGUUUGAACGUCUGACCAGGGAGCUGGAAGCCGAGCGACAGAUCGUUGCCAGUCAGCUAGAGAGAUGCAAGCUUGGCUCUGAGACUGGAAGCAUGACGAGCAUCAGCUCAGCGGAUGAGAAAUUUCGCUGGAACAACCAAGACGGACAGAAGGACAUAGAGGAGGAGCUGACGACAGGCUUGGAGCUCGUGGACUCCUGCAUCCGAUCGCUUCAGGAAUCAGGCAUCUUGGACUCACAGGACACGUCUUCGGGAGACAGACAAGGACUUUUGUCCCAAAGCGCUUUGCAGCUCAACCACCAGGAUGCCUAUGCAGCAGCUGGUUACCAUAGUAACCAAGGUCUGGCCCUUGGGGAAUUGACCAUGGGGCGAUGCGGGCAGGUUGGAGCGGCUGUUCACAGCUACAACCAGGUUACAUCCAGCCGUGCAGCUGCCCAUUUAGCAGGAUCUGACUCUCCCUCCCAGUCCCAGAGAGACUCGUUUGCUCAGCAGGCCCAUGGUAGCGCAUUCCACAUGCCCACUGAUCUUGGAUCUGCACCUGCGGGGCCCCCCAUGUAUUACUCCUGCGCCACUUUGCCUGCUCAGCGCGUGAGCUCCCCUCUGCAGGCGGUGGGAUCCCCUACCAAGCUGCAGCGCCUGGGAUCGACCUCCUCCGACAUGCCCAGCUACGCCACGCUACAGAGGGUGUCCUCGCCCAAGCAGUCGCCCAGUCGACUGGCCAAGUCCUACAGCACUUCUUCGCCCAUCAACAUGGUAGCAUCGGGCGCCGCCGGCUCUUCCUCACCCCUCCCCAUGGCCGCCUCUCCAGGGGGAAACCACACGUCGUCGCCCAUCCACCAGCUCAGCUCGGUGGUGGGCAGCUACGCCACCCUGUCGCCAAAGCGCAUGCUGCAUCACAUGGGAGCAGACAGCUACAAGAUUUCCCACGAACUGUAUGCCAACGUGACCCUGCAAAGGCCUGGGAGCCUAGCAGGGAGAGGCUCCAGAGGCUCCUACAGCAGCCAGCUCAGCCACCUGGGCUCCGAGCUGCGACCUCUGCAGUCUCCCGAACACCACAUCGACCCCAUCUACGAAGACAGAGUCUACACCAAGCCCAACCUGAGAGGACAAGCCCCUGCUUCCCCUGGUGUUGACCAAAUCCCCCUGCAGCGAACAGGAAGCCAGAGCACCACAGGCACCUUUCACAGGGGAAGCUUUGCCUCGGGAGGCGGUGCGGCUGACUACGCCAACCCGUACCGCACUCUGCAGUUCUGCCCGUCCACCGAGUCGCCUUACAGCAAGUCAGGCCCCACCCUGCCCCCCGAGGUUGCCUUGGGACGCUCUCCAUCGGUGGACAGUAUCCAGAAGGACCCAAGGUACGACCCUGAAUUCCUUGUGUGGAAUCAAAAUCAAGCCGAGCAAAGAAUGACAAAGGAGUUCGGCUGGAGGGAUCCAGAGCUGCCGGAAGUGAUCCAAAUGUUGCAGCAUCAGUUCCCAUCGGUUCAGUCCAACGCCGCAGCCUACCUCCAGCACCUCUGCUUUGGAGACAACAAGAUCAAAUCUGAGAUCCGGCGACAGGGUGGCAUCCAGCUUCUGGUGGACUUGCUGGACCACCGGAUGACUGACGUGCACCGCAGCGCCUGCGGAGCCCUGAGGAACCUGGUGUACGGCAAAGCCAACGACGACAACAAGAUCGCCCUGAAGAACUGCGGGGGCAUCCCGGCCCUGGUGCGACUGCUCCGGAAGACCACCGACGUGGAGAUCCGGGAGCUGCUCACAGGUGUUUUGUGGAACUUGUCAUCAUGCGACGCCCUGAAGAUGCCCAUCAUCCAAGACGCCCUCGCAGUGCUGACCAACGCCGUGAUCAUACCCCACUCAGGCUGGGACACGUCCCCGCAUACACAGGAGGACCGCAAGCUGCACCUACACUCAUCCCAGGUCCUCCGCAACGCCACAGGCUGCCUCCGGAAUGUAAGUUCUGCAGGCGAGGAGGCCCGGAGGAGGAUGAGGGAAUGUGAAGGCCUCACAGACGCUCUGCUCUACGUCAUCCAAACCGCUCUGGGGAGCAGCGAGAUCGACAGCAAGACUGUAGAGAACUGUGUGUGCAUCCUGAGGAACCUGUCAUACCGUUUGGCCGCAGAGACAUCUCACAGCCAGCAGGGGGGGUCGGAGGAGCUGGACGGUCUGUUGUGUGACACCGGCGGGAAGGACGCAGAGAGUUCUGGAUGCUGGGGCAAGAAGAAGAAGAAAAAGAAGGGACAUGACCAGUGGGACGGCGUUGGCCCAUUCCCAGACUUGGCUGAGCCCCCAAAGGGCAUCCAGAUGUUAUGGCACCCCACCAUUGUCAAGCCCUACCUCACACUACUGUCGGAGUGCUCAAACCCAGACACGCUGGAGGGAGCAGCAGGGGCUCUGCAGAACCUAGCUGCUGGCAGCUGGAAGUGGUCGGUAUAUAUCCGGGCAGCAGUGCGUAAGGAGAAGGGCCUCCCCAUCCUGGUUGAGUUGUUAAGGAUAGACAACGACCGGGUGGUUUGUGCCGUGGCCACAGCGCUGAGGAACAUGGCUCUGGACAUCAGGAACAAGGAGCUCAUUGGUAAGUACGCAAUGAGGGACCUGGUGCACCGUUUGCCCGGAGGCAGUAACAACAACAACACCAGCGGUGGGGGCGGAGGAAGCACUAACAGCAGCGCCUUGUUGGGGAAGACCAUGUCCGACGACACCAUCACUGCCAUCUGCUGUGCACUGCACGAGGUCAUCACCAAGAACAUGGAGAACACCAAGGCCCUGAGGGACGCCGGCGGCAUCGAAAAGCUCAUCAGCGUUGCCCGCAGCAAAGGGGACAAACAUAGUCCCAAGGUUGUGAAAGCCGCCUCUCAAGUCCUGAACAGCAUGUGGCAGUACAGAGACCUUCGCAGCCUCUACAAAAAGGACGGAUACUCCCAGUACCACUUUGUUGGCUCCUCGUCCACGAUAGAGAGAGACAGACAGCGACCUUAUUCUUCCUCUCGCACUCCAUCCAUCUCUCCCGUAAGGACCUCACCUAACAAUCGCUCAGUGAGUGCCCCUGCUUCCCCCAGGGAGAUGGUGGCGCUGAAGGAGAGGAAGGCAGACUAUGAAUUGACCGGCAAUGCCAGUUACCAUGGUAACAAGGGUGAACACACGUCACGAAAAGAUGCUAUGAUGGGUCAAAUCUCCAGUGGGUCUUCCACACUGCACAGAGGUGCCUAUGUGUCACCCACUGAUGACCUGAAGUACAACCAGAUUUCUUCUCAGGGCCUGCCUUCAGAGCCCUACCCUCCGUUCCAAAACCCUCCCCUGCCCGACAGCAUCAAUUACGAGGACCAGGCCUUCUACGAGAACCAGGUUCACGCUGGAGGGCGCCCCCCGCAGGGUGACCUCAACAUGCACCUGCAGGGCCUCAAGUCCACCGGCAACUAUGUAGACUUCUACUCCGCCUCGCGGCCCUACAGCGAGCUCAACUAUGAAACCAGCCACUAUCCAGCCUCACCAGACUCCUGGGUCUAAGGGUGGACGAGGAAGUUUCAGUAGGAGGAAGAGGUGGAGAAGAGAGUGGCUAGAUGGAGGGGGUAGUGGAUAGUUUAAGAACAAGAUUAGAGAAGAUAAGAGGACAAGUUAUCUCCCUCUCCUCCCCUGUUGUUCCUGAGUAGCAUCAUAGAUAGCAGGAAGAGACACAGGGGGAGGAUGCAGUGCAGGAGAACAUCUUACGACCUUUCACUCCUCUCAGAGGCAUUUGAGAGGGAAGAGGACAAGGGAGGAUCGGGAGCAAAAGGAGGAGCGGCCAUGCAUGUGCAUGCACACCACCACCAAAAAUGAAAGAUAUGUUUUCUUUCCGUGUUUAGUUUGCCAUCAACUACUGCAAGAAAGUUCAGCAAAAUGGAAAGAUCUCCUGCACCCAAAGGCUUCCAGAUUCAGAACGUAGGAGGGAAGGACGUGACAAUAGAGAACAUGGUGAGAGGGAUGAAAGAAUGAAUUGAGAUGAAGGACAAUGAAAAAUGAAUCAGUUGACUCAAGAGUGGAAAAGGUUUUUAUUGGAUUGUGAAAUGGAAAGCAUGAGAAUACCCAGGAGACACACUUGUAUAUAUGUAGUAUAGAAACAUGGCUUUUAGUAAUGUGAAGCACAAGAAGCAGAACUGUAGGACUUGUAGGACGUCUGUCACACAAACCUUUGUUUCUUUCUAUGGCUCCAGUGGGACCUCUGGCCAUUUGUAACAUUUUUUUUUGUUUUUGUUGUGUUUCUACUUUUUUAUUUGUUGAUUCUGGUUGUAUAGUAUUUGAUGUACACUGUACAUUUACCGAGAUUCAUUGUGUACUGUACAUUGCGCUAUUUUUUGUGUCAUGUCAGGCCUUUUUUGCCAUUGGGUCAACCACACUUCCUCUCACUAACUAUCCUCCACUUUAAACACACACAAUUCCUGCACUCUUUCAAAACUCAUAUUACAGCCGCAGAUGGUUGUCAACGCAUUGCUGUUCUUGAAAUACGAUUUUUAUAUAUUUAAAGCAUCACUUUUGGUAGGUCAUGGUGCUUUUUUUACUGCCCUGCAGAAUGGCCGUCUCAAAUAAUUGAGCAGCUUUUCCGUGACAAAAUUAUCUUUUUUUUUUUUACAGCAUUUUUUGGGGGGGUUGGUCCACAUUAACACCUAUAUUCCCUUUUUGUUCCCAUGAGCUCCUCAUUUGAGUUCCAUUUGAUUUUACUGUGCUCAUUGUAUAAAUAACGGUGCCAAACUAGGGUUACUUCCUCUCAGCUGAUGAAUGCAGGGGGUGGGGGGUAGCGGUGUGUUAAAGGGUCCAAGUUCAGCUGAAGCUCUCAGCCUAACAUCUUUGCGGUUCUAGUGAUGCCAGUUUGUAAAUGCUUUGUUUUUUCUAUACUGUAUUUUACUGGGAUGAAAACGUCUUAACUUCACUGGGACUGGGGAGUAAUCAUAAAACAAAACCAACAAAAAAAACUACAAAAGAUAAUCACGGAAGGACUGUGACCAGGUGGAACAACGCUUCCUCCAAAGUUGUACAAAAUUAGUGGAUUUCCGUGUUGUAAAAUAAUCAAUGUUUGAAGUCCAAAAAAAAAGUCUUUUACUGGGAGAUGGUUGACAAUUCUAACUUUGUGGUAGACAAAACGGAGUACGUACAAAACAGUACGGAUAUAUAUUAUAUAAAUAUAUACUUUUUAUGUGCAGACGUGGAUGUCACUUAUAGCAGCAACAUUAUGGGAAAAAAAUACUUGUAAAAGAAAAAAAACAGCUAUAUGUAGAAAUUUUGUUCACACUUUUUUUGAGGGUCAACACACUAAAUUGUCAACUUUGUGUAUUAAUGUUGUUGCUAUGUGGAAUAGAGUAGACCAGGGCCCAGGGAUCCACGCUGUCACAAAAGCAGUCCAAAAUAAAAAGGUGCUACAUCCAUAGGAAGUAUUUCCAACAGGUCUGUAUUUUUAACCGUGCACAGAAACUUUUGUUCUCAUUCAUGUAUUCAUUUCAAACUAAUAAUCAUCUGCAGCAAUACAGAGAAGAAUCCCAGGUUGGAUUAUUGUAUUUCUCAUGCAUGGAAAAAAACCUUUCUGAUUAAUUGGUCUCAUAAUGCUUCAUAGCUGAACAAUCGCACCAAUGAAUGCAUGAGUUUUUGUUAGUAAAUCUGAAACUAAAUGGUGACUUUCUUUUAUUUUUACGUGACAAAUCGUGACAACAGACCCUGGUUCUCCCGACCCACUGCUGUUUAGAAGUCCUGUUUAGAGGUCAUGGUCUGCAGCUUGGAAAAAUGACUCAUAAUGGAACUGUCCCCAUAAAGGCGCUGGAUGAAGAACAGGCAUACUGUUUUUGUUAAUGAGCAUCAGGAAACGCACAACGUUAUGUAGGUCCCUGUGAUCCUUGGGCAGUAAACCCUGACAAUGAGACCCGUGUGGAGGUACUGUAUAAUGUCAGUAACUUUUUUGUUGCUAGACAAAACGUAUUUUGAAAAGAGACUUGUGAAACUUUCUAUUGCCUCAAACUGAUUGCAACUGUUCCAAAAAUAUAUAAACGGACCAUCGAAGAA